AUGUCGUACGUGGACGCUGAUCCUGAAAGAAAAAUAUCAGAACAAAGUGACAAGGAAAAGGAGUUUCAAAAGGCGAAGUCGUAUCUCCUGACAGCAAGCACGAAUACCGGAAUGAACCUCUAUGAUCACUUAUCUCGAGUUCUCGGCAAGAUCUUAGACGAACGUCCCGACAAUGUGAUUGAUAUUUUUGAGGACAUCAGCAAAGAUGAGAAGAGAACCAAAUUCACAUCAAAUUAUGAUACAAUACAAGAUAAGGUUGACAGAUCAACAGAAGUUGCUCUUGCGCAGAUCCAAAGGAAAUUGUUCACAAAAGCUAGUGAUGACGGUGAAGAGGAAGUUGCUCGGGAUGAGGAGGUUGAAUCUCCUCUGCCCAAUCUCAUGGAGCUUUGUUUCUUCUUCGAGCAAGCUGGUAUUGGUCUAAACAGAGAGGAGAUAGUUCGAAUCUGGUUGUCAAUGAAAGCUCUGGUCGAGAACCAUCCUUUGCAGCAUGUCAGAUUUUGGGGAAAGUUCUUCGGCACUGAGCAGAACUAUUAUGUUGCUGAAGUUGAGUUCCGAGAAGGAGAGGAGGAGGAGGAAGAAGAGGAUGAAGAGGCUGAAGAAGAAAAAGAAGAUGAAACAGCUGCAAAAGAUCAUGAAACUGCUUUAGAAGAGGAAACAGAGGAGGAUGAUACCCCGAAACCGGACUUCAAGCCCCCACCAGUCAUUGCUAGAGAAGAGAACAAAACAGGGGCCAAUAAAAAGACAUAUUUUGUUUGUAAUGAUCCGGGCAAGCCAUGGAUAAAACUACCACCAGUCCAGCCGCAACAAAUUGUUGUUGCCAGGCAGAUCAAAAAGUACAUGACAGGGAGAUUGGAUGCUCCGGUUGUCAGUUAUCCACCAUUUCCUGGCAACGAAGCCAACUACCUGCGGACACAAAUUGCCCGCAUCAGUGCUGGAACACACAUCUCUCCCUUGGGAUUCUACCAGUUUGAUGAGGAGGAGGAAGAGGAAGAGGAAACUGAAGCCAGAGACCAUAUUGUUGAAAACAUUGACUUCGAGAGUAUCCCGCCCAGGGAACUGGCAGACCCAUCUUUGAGCAACUGGGCUCAUCACGUGCAACACAUCCUGCCUCAGGGUCGUUGCACAUGGUGGAACCCAAUACAGAAGAAUGAAGAAGAACUUGAGGAUGAAGAAGAGGAGGAUGAACGAGAAGAACCUGAUGAACCAGAGCCAGAAGUUGGGCCACCUCUGUUGACACCGAUUUCAGAGGAUGAUGGGAUUGGGAGCAUACCUGCUUGGACGGCAGCCUUGUCCUCUAAUUUGAUCCCCCAGUACGCCGUCGCAGUGGUGCACUCCAAUCUCUGGCCUGGAGCUCAUGCUUUUGCUUUUGAGAAAAAAUUUGAGAACAUCUACAUCGGGUUUGGCCACAAAUACCGACCAGACAACUACACACCACCUCCGCCACCUCCCAUCCAAGAAGAGUUCCCCAGUCUGCCAGAGAUCACAGAAGCUGAUGAUCCAACACCCGAGGAAGAGGCAGCUCUCAAAGCUGCUCAACAAGAGGCUGCAGAAGCCGCAGAAGAAAUGGAAGAAGCAGAAGAGGAGGAGGAUGAGGAUGAGUAA